GCGGUAAUGCGCUACUGGUUUGGAAACCGCCGCGUUAAGCACAACGAAGAGGAAGUGUCCGACCAAGACUAAAAACAUCCGUCCAGAGAUACCGGUAAAUUUUUGUAUCGUUUUGACAAUGGGAGAGGCAGACGUAACUCCGACACAGGCAGACGAGAAGCCUCCGGACGCCGCCUUGGUACCUGGCGAAGAGUCUGUGGUGUGGAGUCACGAAGUGGAGGUCUGCCUCUUCCACGCCAUGAUAGGACACAAGCCUGUCGGAGUGAACCGGCACUUUCACAUGAUCUGCAUCCGAGACAAGUUUAGUCAAAAUAUCGGCCGUCAGAUCUCCUCUUCGGUCAUCUGGGAUCAUCUAGGAAGCAUGUAUGACAUGCAAGCACUGCAUGAGUCGGAGAUCUUACCUUUUCCCAACUCGGAGAAGAGUUUCUUUCUGCCUGAUGACAUCAUCCAGGAAGUGAAGGAAGGCAAGCUGUGCUCCGAGGAGGAUCCAAAGGAGGAACCAGAGCUAGAGCCCCCCUCAAUGCAUGAAGAAGGAAGUAACUCCUCGCUUAAGAUGUCAGAGCGGACAAACGCAGGACGUGAUAAGGAGAAGGGCGGGGUCGAGGGUGUGGCCCCAGGAGGAGCAGGUGGUGGCGCGAAGGAAGCAGAGAAGAGGAAGAGGAGUCGCGCCACGGAGAAACUCCUGUCGUCUUCCAACCCUUCCAGUCCCGGAGGAGCCAAGAGAAGACGCACAUGACUGAACAACUGGUCACAUGACUAGAAACUGCUGAUGGGCCUCUGUUCAUGAGCAUCAUUUAGCGGCUAGAGCUUAACGCUCAGUUGCUUUUAAAGUCUGAUCAGCUGACAGAAAGUUAGAUCGUCAUGCUGCGCGCACACAGGAAGUGGUUCAUCAUAUUUGUCUCUUAAAUAGACAAUGUCCUGAUUCUCUGUAGCUGAAUCGUCAUGACUGGCAUGCUGAAUUAGUCUGAUGACUGAGCCGUUAGCAUUAGCCUGGGGUGGUUUUUGUCAAAUUUUGAUGUAAGAAGAGAAAAGUUUAUUAACUCAUUUGAAAUUUUUGUGUGUUGGCAAGCAGAUGACGCUCUUAAUUCAAUUGAUUCCAAACAUAUUUAAAAUGUACUUUAAGUUAUUCAUACAUUUACAAGUUGUACCAAGAAGCAAACACCACUCUGUUAUGGGGAAUGCUGAGUCAUUUCAUGGCUAAAUCUCAAUUUAUUUCCAGCCCUUAACCCUCGCUGAUGUUCAAAUUGCAGAUCUCAUUGAGAAUUUAAGAGCAACAUAGACAAAUUGAAAUUUGGUGACUGAUGACGUAUCAUGGAGGUGUUAUGUCAUUGACGUGUCACAAAUUGAGAGCUAAAAUGGAUUUUAAAAAUGGACUGUUUCAGGCAGAAAACAUCACUUAAUUCACAUAGGGCCUUCUUGUACACUCAAAGAUGCUUAAAAUCAGUGGUCUCCAAACUAUUCCACAUGGGGCUGCAGUGGGUGCAGGAUUUCAUCCCAACAACACAAGGCACCUUUUCACAAAUCUGGUCUUACAAGUGUAAUCAGUUGACUGCAGUCAAGAGCUGCUUGUUUUAGCUCAAACCUCAUUGGUUAAACAGUGUGCUCGAUCGUUUGGAACAAAUACAAGGGCCCACGGCGGCCCUUGAGGACCGAUUUGGAGACUCUUGCUUUAAAUGUUGCAAAUAGAAAAUGGACUAAAAAGUUGGAAGCCAUAUAAAUUGUGAAUAAAAACAAAUGAUGUGGAAGUUC